CUCUCUGCGCGCGACAGUCGCGAGUUUUCGAGGCACCGGGGUUGCCCGGGCGCACUGGGCGCACCAGCUCGCCAGUCGUCAAUUAGAAGGUGCAGCGUCAACAGCUAGGUCCAACCGCGGGUCCGUGCAGCUCGGCUCAGUUCCGUUUCCGUUUUCCGUUUUUCCAUUUGUUCCGUGCAAAGGUGUGUGCGCGACUCUCGGGUGUACACACGCAUUUACGCUAUCUCUGUGUGCGUGUGUGUGUAUGUGUGCUCGUCGUGCGACGAACAUCUGCUUGGUUGUCUAAUCGCCGACGGUGGCGGCGAUUUUCUUGGGUUUUAUUUUUCCUUUACCCCUCGGGGGCCCCUCGUUGGCUGCACCUGUCAAGGACACGCUAUACGCCAGCAACACCAUCAUCACCACCACCACCACCAGCAGCAGCAGUAACAGGAGCAGCAGCAGCCGGGAAGAUAUUCGAAUACUGGAUUACAUCGCCAUUUUCCGACGUCGAUUUCAGCUACCGUAGGAUUGGUGAGCGAAGACAGCCAGGAUUAGGGCGUUACACACGUGCGGCCUAGAGACCCGUGAUCGAAAUCGAUAACGGGAAAAGGAAAAGCGAGGAAAAACCACAAAACACCCAAAAACCAAACGUUAGUGACCGGCCACAAGGCGGAACAAGUAUUUAUUUCUACGCCAUAGUGGAGUAAAAUUGAACGGAAAAGUAACGAAACGGAACGAGGAAAAGAAGAACAGAUCAAUUGCUUCCUAUUUACAAAAUUACUACAAAACAAAAGAUCAACCCUUAGUGAAGAUUACUUAUACAUAAUAUAAGCAGAGCAGCGAAGCACUGAACGAAGGGCACCGUUAGCUUGCUGGACUGUUUUGGUACAUCAAUCAGAUAGCGAUAGGUAGUGUACUGAAGGAUCACGGGAUCACGUCGGCCGAUAGCAGCAGCAGCAGCAGCAGUAAAGCGACGUCCACUACUACCCCCACCCUCCUUCCACAGCCUUCCGUGGGCGUCCUUCCAGUCGCUGCUUUAUCCCGUAGCGGGAUAGUAGAGCAAUCAAGUGGCAAUCAAUGCAACCGAGCACCAGUGGACGUAUCGUAACCGGUAACCGCCCCCCCGGACGGAAGCAGUCGAACCACAGGAGUGCAUGCGCCCAUCUGUGUUUGUCCUACGCUCAUCCUACCCGCGAAGUCUUCUGUUUGUACAACGACAAUCAACAAUCUAGCAUUCAAGCAACACACACAACUGAAACGGAAAGCGAACGCUAACCAAACUAAAACCCCAGAGUAGCCGUGCAGCGGGAAAACAGCGUACAACACCCCAAGCCCCAACCCACCAAGCCAGCCAAGGAGUGUGUGCUCUAGUCUACUAAGGACUGACGCUAGUGCUAGCUUGUGUUGGAGCAAAGAGUUCCGUGUUUUAUCAGGGUUAGGCAAGUGAGCCCAGACUCUUGUUGUGAGAACAUACUCCAUACAAUAUACCCCAGACACUCAAAAUCACCAUAAUUAGGCGAGGUCCGGUAGGCGCGCUGAUGGAUUUGAGCUACCAGCACACCCUGCAAUAUAGUGAAUACCAGACCUGACGAGCGACGAGGAGAAGAAAGCCAAGAAGAAAAAAUAAGAGAGAGAGAGAGAGAAACUGUAAGACAUACGGAUUUUGUAAAAGUGAAAACACUGAUUUACUAAACAGUAGAAAAGUACGCAAACGAAGGUUUUAAACCCACAGUAUAGGCUCACUACGGCAUUGAAUUGAUUGGAUUUGAUUGGAGAGAGAGAGAGAGAGAGAGAGAGAGAGAGAGAGAGAGAGAGAGAAAGAAAGACAAAGCGAGAGCUGUUGAACACUACCUAACGAACGGGCUGUUUGAAGCAGUAUUUGUAAUACGGGAGCGCAUCAGUACGCUUAACGAGACGCUAGACCAAUAGCCGUGAAAUAAGGACGACGACGACGACAAAGGAAGCAACAGAGAAUCCAUCCAUCUAGUAGACAUUAUCGAAAGCACACUACCGCUACCACAAAAAACACCGACAAACCGAAGUAUCCUAACCAUACCAAACAAAAACAAACAAAAGAGCAGCAAAAACGGCAGCAGCAACGCCAACAGCAACGGCGGCGGCAGCAGCAGCAGCAGCGAAAAUGAUCUCGAACGGGCUGGAAACCGUGCAACAAAAUGGCCGAUCGGGCUCGAUCGGUAGUGGGCAGGAGGACAGCAAGACAAACCUGAUCGUCAACUACCUACCGCAGACGAUGACGCAGGAGGAGGUGAAGUCGCUGUUCUCGAGCAUCGGCGACGUGGAGAGCUGCAAGCUGAUCAGGGAUAAGGUCACCGGGCAGAGCCUUGGGUACGGCUUCGUCAACUAUCACCGACCGGAGGAUGCGGAGAAGGCGAUCAACACGUUCAACGGUCUGCGGCUACAGAACAAAACGAUCAAGGUGUCGUUCGCCCGGCCCAGCUCGGACGCGAUCAAGGGUGCGAACCUGUACGUGUCCGGCCUGUCGAAGAGCAUGACCCAGCAGGACCUGGAGAAUCUGUUCAACGCGUACGGUCAGAUCAUCACGUCGCGCAUCCUGUGUGAUAACAUCACUGGCCUGUCAAAGGGCGUCGGCUUCAUCCGCUUCGACCAGCGCUCAGAGGCGGAACGGGCGAUCCAGCAGCUGAACGGUACCACCCCGAAGGGUGCGUCCGAGCCGAUCACGGUGAAGUUCGCCAACAACCCGAGCAAUAACAUCAACAAGGCGAUCCCACCGCUAGCCGCCUACCUGACGCCGACGCCGAACCUGAGACGAUUCCCACCGGGACCGAUCCAUCCGCUGAGUGGCAGAUUUAGCUUGCCAUCGAACUUCAGCAGAUACUCCCCGCUGACCGGCGACCUCGGUAGCUCAGUAUUAUCCGCCAACGCAAUCAACGGUUCUGGCUGGUGCAUCUUCGUGUACAACCUGGCGCCGGAAACGGAGGAGAACGUGCUCUGGCAGCUGUUCGGUCCGUUCGGUGCCGUCCAGAGCGUAAAGGUGAUCAAGGACCUGCAGACGAACAAGUGCAAGGGGUUUGGGUUCGUCACCAUGACCAACUACGACGAGGCGGUCGUCGCAGUCCAGUCACUCAACGGCUACACCCUCGGUAAUCGCGUCCUGCAGGUUAGCUUCAAGACCAACAACACCAAGUCGAAGGCCAAUUAAAAAUGGGAAAAAUUUUAAGUUGCUUCAUUACGUUCGUAUUUUUACCACCACCUCGAGUAAGGUCACCACUCCAUCCAUCACCCCCCCCCCCCCCCCCCCCAAGCCUCUUUCCUUACAUUUCUCCAGCUCCCUGAGCGCUCACAGAAUCAACCGGACCGUACGUGUUCGCACGCUCCCUCCAAAAAAGGUUCUGGGGUUUAUUUAGACUUCGAGCUUGACCUUCGUCGGUUGACUCAAUAUAAUGCGCACAACCGAAACCGAAUACGGGUCAACUGACCCACGCACACCACGACUGGACAGCUGGAGUCCUUUCGAGACGCCGGUCGGCUGGGCAGCCACCCAGCGCGACUCGGACUUUCGGCAAUCUAGCAUAUCAAAUAAGGCCGAUGCCGAAACCUCUGCUCCUCUCGGCUCCAACUCCCUCCGGAUGAGGCUUGCCUCAUAUCUCAAAUUCUCUGUAAAAUGCCCUUCCUAACCCCAAUGCCAACCCAACCCUUUGGUCCAACUGACAGAAUGGGACAGAACUGAGUGGUGACGCGAAACCCAAACAAAAAAAAACACACGCACAAACAUCGCAAAACUGAACUGUUCCAGAACCAGGGAGCCAUCGCCACCACCGCUGCGCAUGUUUAAACGCUCAAGUGUUGUUAAAAAAAGGAACUAGUAUGUUGAGGCCAAGAAAUCGACGAAAGGAAGAGUGAAGAGAUACGGCGGCGAACAGCCAGCCUAGUGCCUAGGGACCAGCCUAUAUAUGUAGGCUAGGUCAGGCAUCAUCAGGGCCUGCAUGAACUGACAGAACAGGGAAUUAACGAGGAAAAAAGCAAAACAAAUCAACUAGUCAAAUGUUAAUGUGCAAUAAUAUUGGAUAGAAGCGAGAGGGAGAGAGAGAGAGAGAGAGAGAGUGAGAAAUAGAGCGACAAGACGCGGUAAAGGAAGAAAAGCCAAUGAGCCAAUGAGCAUAAAAGUGAGCGAUGGGGUUUUGCAUUUGGGCGAUCUAUCUAUGAAUUAAUAUGUAACUUAGACAAAUCUGUGUCACCGGUGCAAUUGCAGCUGCUACUGCUGCUGUCGCUGCACCACCCUGUGUCUGAGGACGGUUAUUGGUGGGUGGGUGAGCCCAGCAGAAUGAACAGCACGCAAGAGGAGGAGGAGGAGGAGAAGGAGGAGGAUGAGGAGAGCGAUGGCAUCAACAAUUUGAUGGCAUGGUGCGAUUGAUGAGUGUUGCGAGUGCAAGCGCAACAGGAUUCCGCCCGUCCAUCCUGGAGCAGGAGCACGACGCCUGGCCUGGAACGCACAAAGCGACCCCCAUUCCCCCCCCCCCCCCCCACGUACCCCAAAUUCGCUCCUUUUGACCAUCUACACCUCCACUUCUUACCACAACCUCCCUCCUCCCGCAACGCCCCUUUCUACAAGAUAAGGUUUAGUUUUGUGCAAUUUCUUAUUCUUAAUUCAAGUACUCAAUUAAUUCAAUUCACUAAUAGUAACGUAACUUUUAAACUACUUAAGAUCAACUAUGACGAAGCAGGUUAUGUGCCGCUCUUUAAACCAUUUUUCCUAGGACAGAGCAAAGGUAGUGCAAAAUAAUGAAGGAAGGUCGGAUCGGUAAGCAUCGGGUAUUGAUCUGAAGCGUUUUCUGUUUAGGGACACUGCCAGCAGAAAGAGGAAUACAAGGAGGUGGUGUCCUCUGGAGGCGUAAGGGGUGAGAAAAGGUGCUGAAGGAAUGGGAAAGGGUACUUAUUUUAGAAGCAACCUGCCCAUCUUCUCUCGGACUCCAUCUCUGACAUCUUGGGCCCGGUUUGCCGGUCUACUUACCGACGCCUACGCAGCUAGUAUCCUUAGGUGUGAGUGCGUAUGCAUGAGCGUGUACUUUAGGGAAGGAGAGCAUUAGUAAAAAAGGAUACAUAAAGUGAGAUGAUGACGGUUAAGAAAAUAGAGAGAGAGAGAGAGAGAGAGAGAGACAGAGAGAGAUAGAGAGAGAGAGGGAAAGAGAGAGAGAGCGAGAGAGAGAGACCGAAGAUAGAAACGGAAAAGCAAAGCAGCUAGCGAAGAUGUGGCGUAGGGGAGAGAACAAGGAAGGAGCGGAGAAGGAGAGCGUGAUUCGUGUUAGGAGAAAUGAACUGUAUCUUGUAGUCAAAUUUUACUAUGUGACUUUUUCACUUUGUCAAUGUGUUACGUCCGUCUUCUUCUUUGUCCGUUGAUUGUUUUUGUCCGUAAUUUUUUUUCUCCUUUUUCGCUGAUCGGAGCAAAGUAACUAACACCACAAAAAAAACAAGAAAAGAACACUGGAAUGGAAGAAGAGGAAGGCAGAAAGGUGAAAGGCAGCAGGAAGAUGAACAAUGAGGACGAGGAGGAGCAAGAGAAGAAAGAGUAAAGGAAUAUACACAAUAAUAAUCUCUCAGCUGAGUCUAAGUUUGAAAAUUUAAUCAAUAAAUGACGUCUUAUUGUGCUUAAACUAAUCCAUUUCAUAAAUUCACCAUUUAAAGCUAUAUUGGAGAAUAUUGACCACAUAUAUGCAUAUAUUAUAUCAAUAUUAUUUAAAUUAAUUAAUAACAGCAACGUGGUAAUGAUGAAUUUUUUGUGGGAGAGAGGGUUUAGCGGGAACGGUGGGAGGGAAGUG